CCACAGAUAUGGAGUGAACCAUCUUUCUUUUUGUCGGAUCUGUCAAACAAAUCGGAAACAUGGCAGAGGUCGAGGAAACUCUCAAGAAGAAGCGUACCUUCAGGAAGUUUACCUUCCGAGGAGUUGAUCUUGAUCAGCUUCUGGAUAUGCCCAAUGAACAACUCAUGGAGUUGAUGCACGCUCGCGCCCGCCGGCGGUUCGCGCGCGGUUUGAAACGCAAGCCAAUGGCUCUCGUAAAGAAGCUGCGCCGCGCGAAGAAGGAGGCUCCCCCAAAUGAGAAGCCCGAGAUCGUCAAGACCCACCUGCGCAACAUGAUCAUUGUCCCCGAAAUGGUUGGCUCCAUUGUCGGUAUCUACAACGGGAAAACUUUCAACCAGGUUGAAAUCAAGCCUGAGAUGAUCGGUCAUUACUUGGGAGAGUUCUCCGUCACGUACAAGCCCGUCAAGCACGGUCGGCCCGGUAUCGGUGCCACCCACAGCUCCAGGUUUAUCCCACUCAAGUAGACUGUGACACAUUCUCUAGGCUAAGUUUAAUGAAAAUGUACACAGGCUUACAAUAAAGUAUCUUGUGUAACCA